AUGCCGUACCGUAACGGAAAAGAUAGUACCAUCUGGGUAAAUGGGAUGAAGCUUGGAAAAGGUGCGCCGCAUGAUCCUGAGUUCAGAAAAAGAAUAGGCACAGCGCGGCGAUCUUUAGGCAGCGGCACCAUAGCUGAUCCAAUGGUAAUCUGGCCUACUCCUGGCCCCAAGCGCUCGGCGGAGGUAACUCAAGCAAUAGAGCAUAUAGUUCAUCAAGUAGCAAAAAGAUGCGGACUCCCUUAUGCCUGGAUUGCUGCAGAUGGGCAUUCAUAUAGUACUACAGCCUGGACCAUGGAUGGAAGAAUUAUGUCCCACGAUGAUCAUCAUAUCACCGUUCGAAUGGGCAUGUCCCCAAGCAUUUGCAAUAUACAAGGACAUAUAUAUGUAAUUUGUGAAGAUAACGACGUCAAAAAAAGACCACUUCGCGUAAUGGAAGAAGGUGAACGUGGCAUUGUAGGGGGCAAAAAUCCUCAAUUUUGGAUUUGGGGGGGAUACCCUUCCAAUUUGCCCCCUUCAGGGGUCAAGUAUCCAAAGUCUCCGUUUGAAAUUGUGCCGAACUCUAUAUUGGAAUUUCAGAUGGAAGUGAAGCGGAAAGAGGAGGAAGCAGAUUACCUCAGGAAGCAGGCCAUGAAUCCUCCAUAUUAA